GAAUGAACCAGGGAGUUUCAUUCUGUCUCACUUGAGAGGAGGCAGGGACAGACCCAGCAGCACAGGUCUGAGCUAGACAGGCAGGUGCUGUGCUUCUGAAGUCACCCACCAUGUUGCAAGGGCUUCUUCUGAUAGUCAGUUUCCUUCUUUCUCCAGUUCCAGUAAGUGCUAUAAAAAAACUCCCUGGGAUAAAGGAGUACGAAGUGGUUUAUCCCAUAAGACUUCAUCCACUACAUAAAAGAGAGGUCAAAGAACCAGACCAACAGGAACAUUUUGAAACUGAAUUAAAAUAUAAAAUGACAGUCAAUGGAAAAAUCGCAGUGCUUUAUUUGAAAAAAAACAAGAAUCUCCUUGCACCAAACUACACAGAAACAUAUUAUAAUUCCACUGGAAAAGAGAUCACUGCAAGCCCACAAAUCAUGGAUGACUGUUACUAUCAAGGACACAUCAUGAAUGAAAAAGUUUCCGAUGCUAGCAUCAGCACAUGUAGAGGUCUAAGAGGUUACUUCAGUCAAGGAGAUCAAAGGUACUUUAUUGAACCUUUAGGCCUCACAAAUCAGGAUGAACAGGAGCAUGCACUCUUCAAGUAUGAUCCUAAUGAAAAGAUGGACAGCAGCACCUGUGGGAUGGAUGAUAUGUUAUGGGCACAUGGAUUGCGGCAGAAUGUUGCUUUGCCCGCCACCAGACUAGUAAAAUCAAAUGACUGGAAGCGUCAAGAACAAAAGAAAUACAUAGAAUACUAUUUGGUUCUGGAUAAUAGUGAGUUUAAAAAGUACAACGAAAAUCCAGAUGAAAUCAGAAAAAGGGUGUUUGAGAUGGCCAAUUAUGUCAACAUGCUUUAUAAAAAGCUUGAUACCCAUGUGAUCUUGGUUGGUAUGGAAAUCUGGACUGACCAAGAUAAGAUACAGAUAACCCCAAAUGCAAGUAUCACCUUGGAAAAUUUUUCUAAAUGGAGGGGGAGUGUCCUCUCAAGGAGAAAGCAUCAUGAUAUCGCUCAGUUAAUCACAGCAAAAGAAUUUUCUGGAUCCACUGUGGGACUUGCUUUUACAUCUACAAUGUGCUUGCCUUAUCAUUCUGUUGGUAUUAUCCAGGACCACAGUGACAAUCUUCUUAGAGUUGCAGGAACACUGGCCCAUGAAAUGGGCCACAAUUUUGGAAUGUUUCAUGACUCUUAUGUUUGCAAGUGUCCUUCUACAAUAUGUGUGAUGGAUAGAGCUCUGAGCUUCUAUAUACCCACAGACUUCAGUUCCUGCAGCCGUAGCAGCUAUGACAAGUUCUUUGAAGAUAAAUUAUCAAAUUGCCUCUUUAAUGUUCCACUGCCUAAAGAUAUCAUAUCCACCCCAAUCUGUGGGAACUAUUUGCUAGAAAUAGGAGAGGAAUGUGACUGUGGUACUCCUGAGGAAUGUACCAACAUUUGCUGUGAGGCUAAAACAUGUAAACUCAAAGCCAUUUAUCAAUGUGCGUCAGGAGUUUGCUGUGAAAAAUGCCAAUUUAAAAAGGCUGGGAUGGUGUGCAGACCAGCGAAAGAUGAGUGUGACCUGCCUGAAAUGUGUGAUGGGAAAUCUAGUAACUGUCCUGAUGACAGAUUUCAAGUCAAUGGCUUCCCUUGCAGGAAUGGGAAGGGCUACUGCUUGAUGGGAGCAUGUCCCACAUUGCAGGAGCAGUGCACUGACCUGUGGGGACCAGGAGCCAGUGUUGCAGAUGAGUCAUGUUUCAGCAGGAACGAAGGCGGGUCAAGGUAUGGGUACUGUCAGAAAGUGGAUGACACAUACAUUCCUUGUAAAGCAAAUGAUACCAUGUGUGGAAAGCUGUUCUGUCUAGGUGGGUCCGAUAACUUGCACCGGAACGGAUGGAUAGUAACUUUCCAGAAAUGUAAAGUGUUUGAUCCUGAAGACAGAAGUAUAGCAAUAGACAUGGUGGCCAAUGGUACUAAGUGUGGAAAUAACAAGGUUUGCAUUAAUGCAGAAUGUGUGGAUAUUGAGAGCGCCUACAAAUCAGCCAACUGCUCAUCUAAGUGCAAAGGACAUGCUGUGUGUGACCAUGAGCUCCAGUGUCAAUGUAAAGAAGGAUGGGCCCCUCCCAACUGUGAUGAUUUCUCAGUGGUCUUCCGUAG